GUAUUACCUCCUGUUCUAGCAUUUCCAUUGCUUAAAAGGUGGCCACAUGAUGACCCCUAUAUUUCUGUGGAGGACAAGUAGAUUUUCAAGUCUGGUUAAGCUAAAAACAAGUAUCUAUCUUGUUGCGAAACCAAGAUAUUAGGCAGAACAAGGAUAAUAUUAACUUUAUGAACUUGUAUUAAGCAAUAAGUGAACAUAAUAAGUAUACCCGAUCAGAUUCAAAAGUUUCGUACAAAUCUAUCACUCGAACAAAACUUAAAUAACCACCUUUAAAUAGAUAAUUGAUAUCACACUAACAUAAGUGAUAACGUUAUCUUAGAUAAUGCAAAUACAACGAGUUAAUGUAGACAGACCUGAAAUGGUUACGGAAUACGAAUUUAACUGAAUAUGGAUAUCGGCAGCACUUCGGAUUCAGACUGUAACAACUGUACAACUCAUGAUUUGAAAUUGGAAUUCUUUUGUAAAACUCAUAACUUACUUGGUUGCGCCAAAUGCAUGUUUCUUGAACAUAAACUUUGUCAGGAUGUUAGUGAAAUAUCAAAUGAUAUUGAAACUACAAGACAAAAAUUGUCAAUGAUUCGGUUAAUUCUUUCUAAAGAAACAGCUAAACUCAUAGAAAGGAAAGGACGUGUAAAAACUGUUUGUUCGGCAGCUAUAGACAACAUCGAUAGUCUAAAAGACAGUUUAACUGCAAAAAUUGACGAAGGUUUAUUCGAUUGUAAAAGGUUAGCACUCUCCAAGGAGAAAGAAACAGAAGAUACCAUCACGACAAAAUUGAUGGAUUUGGCGAAUUUUGACCGCGAAGUACAGGCUGUAAUGAAUAAACUCGAUAUUUGUAAAACGUCGUUGAACUGUGAUGAAAUCGGAAAUUGCUAUGAAAAGGCAAAAAGAUAUGAAAUAAUCGGCAGAGAGAAAAUUCAAACAGUCGUUGUUGUGAACGACUUCGACUUUGUACCAAGUGAAAUAUCCAAGGACCUUCUGAGCAAACCUAUAAGCUUUGGACUUGUCACCGAGAAGCCGCUAGAAGAUAACGAAACAGAUGAUUGUUCUGCAAGCUUUGAAAUUCAGACCAAGAAUUGCAAGACAGUCCAAACUGAUGAAAGUUUAUUUGCACCAAAUACAAGUAUUGUUAAAGAAAAUAAGCUCGUUCAAACAAAUGAUACAAGUACAUGUACAAAUAAAUGUAAUGAAAUAUUGGAACAACUGUCAGACACAAUUUCCAGAAUUAAAAAGAAUGGAAACGAAGUCGCAAUGUACUUUGGUAAAUUAAUAAUCGCUGAAAAGGAAUUAGUAAAGUCAUUUGACUUUGAAAGAGAAAAGACAAUUGUCGAGCUUAAGAUGGAAUCCCCUCCGUCCAAUUUGAUAACCGUUGGUAACAAUUUUCUUGCUGUUAUACUGCGACAAAUUAAUGUUAUCAUGUGCUAUAAAGUUGCGAAAAAUGGACACUUGGUUAGGCAUCGCAGAUAUUGCGAUGACAACAGCUGGAAAGAGGUUCUAUCAAUUGCCGAAGGAAAUGACAGACUUCAUAUUUUAGCUACAAUAAAAAGUUUCGAAACUUCUGAUUUCAAACAUCCAACCACGUUAACAAGAUUACAUAAACUAUAUUUAUGAACGCAUGAGCUACAGAAACUGCUGUAUAUGCUUUAAAAACAGUUUAACGAUAAUUUUGGAAGAGAUAUGAGUUAGACUGUACGACAUACAACACAACAAAACCAAGCACAUGUAGUUUUGUUUUUAUUUCUGUAGCGAUUCCUUGGACCGUAUUCGUCGGCGACUUAGGCUUUUUGAAACAUCAAUAUUCAGUUUACCAUAACUUUCUUUAUAGUUUAUUUAAAUUAGUGACAUUGUGCUGAACUGUCUAUAUUCGAAAAACACACAUUCUUUAUUUUAAUUCUGACUUAGUCUGACUAUUUAUAAUAUGCAUACGAUAACGACGAAUAAAAUGUGUUUAAACCAAAGAAAGUUUUGUUAUCGGACAAAUAUAGUUUACCGAUGAUAAGAUAGACCCGAGUGUAAUUUUUGUAAACGCUAUUUAUAAAACAAAGUCAGGUCAUGCAUAUUAAGUGUAGCAUACAAUACAAUAGGUAUAAUUUGGAUUUUUGUCUGCCUGUUCGAAAUUUACUUGUAAAAUACAAGCCGGAUGUUUGCUAGAUCUUUUAUAAUAAAAUGUAAAUAUACAAUACUUCAUAUAUACUUUCCUGAUAAUAUAAAAUGUGACUA